CCCUCGUUAUCUCACUAAAAAAAAUGGGUGUAGUUGAUCAUUUCUCAGACUUGUGUAGCUUUACAGAGACAAAGGGUACGUUGACAAAAAGGAGAAAGAAGCCACUGCAGACUGUUAAUAUAAAGGUGAAAAUGGACUGUGAUGGCUGUGAGAGGAAAGUGAGGCACGCUGUUACCUCUCUGAAAGACGUGAUAUCGGUGAAUAUAAAUCGAAAUCAAAGUCGAGUGACUGUAACAGGCCACAUUGAACCAAGCUCUGUACUGAACAAGAUAAAAAGUACCGGAAAGUAUGCAGAGAUGUGGCCUUAUGUUCCUCAUAAUUUAGUGGCAUAUCCUUAUGUUGCUGGUGUUUAUGACAAGAAAGCUCCCUCUGGGUUCGUGCGAAAGGCACCUCAGGCGAUGCCCAGCCCUGACGCCCUAACUGAGAAAUACACGUGGAUGUUCAACGAUGAGAAUUCUGAUGCUUGCUCUGUUAUGUGAAAAUAAGAUCAAAUGAAUAAACUUGUGUGUUAUGAGAAUGUGACGGGUACGAGGAUC